UCACAUGGACGAUACCAAAGUUGACACAUGAUCCGAGGACAAUGACACUGCCGUCGCUGCCCCCUCGACCUCACAAGUCACGUCGCCUUUUCUCGCGGGAAAAUAAAGUCACAACGCCACACCUGCACCUAAUAAUCGAAUCAAAAUGUCACAACACGCUACACGGUAUAUACCCCAUUGAGCAAGGAUUUUCAAGUAGUAUCCAGCACAGUUGUCGAGCAGAAGCAGGAUGUCUCCGUACGCCGUGCUCGUCGCGGCCGUCGCCGUGCUCGUCGCCUUCUGCUGCGCGACCAGGAAAGCUCGAGGCAAGAACAGUAAGCUCCCGCCAUCGCCCCCGGCGAUCCCGCUGUUCGGCCACCUCCACCUCCUGGGCCGCCUCGCGCACCGCUCCCUGCGCGACCUGCACGCUCGGUACGGCAGCGACGGCGGCCUCCUGCUCCUGCAGCUCGGGCGCAGGCGGACGCUGGUGGUGUCCACGGCGGCCGCGGCGGCGGACCUGUACAAGAACCACGACCUCGCAUUCGCGUCACGCGUGCUCAGCGCGCCGGUGCACAAGCUCUCCUACGGCUCGAUCAACGUCUCCUUCGCGCCCUACGGCGACGCCUGGCGCCGCAGCAAGAAGAUGGCCGUCGUCCACCUCCUCUCCCAGCGCCGCGCCGACUCGUUCGCCCUCGUCGCGGGAGUCCGCCGCGCCGCGGAGGCCGGGGAGGCCGGGGAGCUGAGGGGGCUCCUGUACGGCUACGGCAACGCGGUGGUCACCCGCGCGGCCACCGGCGCCGCGGGCGCCACGGCCGAGAGGAUGAAGCAGCUGAUGGGCAACUCUGCGGCGCUCAUGUCGGGGCUCCAGGCGGAGGACGUGCUUCCCGACGCGGCGGCGAAGGUGGUGAGGUGGGCGACGGGGUUCGAGAAGAGGCUGGACGACCAGAUGGAGGCGUGGCACAAGUUCCUGUCCGAGAUAUCGCCGAGCACCUUGAGAAGAAGUGGGACGACAGCGCAGGGGAGGAUGACUUCUUGGACGUCUUGCUGCGGCUGAGAGAAGAAGGCACCGCCGGACUCGACCUCACCGACGAUCGCAUCAUAAGCAUUGUCCAGGACAUGAUCUUCGCCGGAACUGAGACAUCAUCUAUUACGCUGGAAUGGGCCAUGGCGGAGCUCACGAGAAAACCCCAGAAAAUGGCCAAGUUGCGGGACGAGGUAACACGAGUCACCAACGACAAGUUGGCCAUCGAAGAAGAUGACCUUAGCAGGAUGGAGUACCUCAAGGCGGUGUUGAAGGAGGUGUUGCGUCUCCACCCACCAACACCACUUCUCAUCCCACACGAGUCGACGACGAUGUCGAUCGUCCAGAGCUACGAGAUCCCG